CCCACGGUUGUGUGUCAUGUGACAAUAACAAAACCAAGACACGAGAAGAGGAAGGCCACUCGUAAGCAGUGUAGGACCCCAGACCCCAUAGGUUCAGCCACAGCCGCAGAGGCCCUGGCCGCGCUGGGAAUCAGGGAGGACGGGACCCUCACCACACACAGAGCCGGGUGCGUGGGGAGCCGGGCAGCAGGGCGGAGCCCAGGUGCCGCUAGCCACCCAACCACAGGGCAGCCCAGGGACCAUCCACCCCGAUGUCACUGGAGCAGAGGGAGAGAAGCCCUGCCAGGUCGCAUAAGAUCCCAUAUCCUGGACGCACACUCUGCUCCUGUCCCUCAGGGCCCUUCACACCCACAGAUGGACUCCGCCUGGUCCUUGAAUGUGAGCCCUGCCUGGCUUCCUGCUCCACCUUCCAGAAGCCAACCCUAGGGGGGUGACCCAGGCUGAGCACGCCGCCUCUUCAGGACCUGGUGGGCGAGGGCAGACACCUCUUCCACCUGGGGAGGGUCCUGUCCCCUGUGCUGGUCAUUGCCGUGGCCCAAAGGCGAUGGUGGCAGGAGACCCAGCACCUCAGGCCUGCACGCCCAGCUGCACGCUGCUCACGGUGUGAGUUAACACAGCGUUGGCCCAAAGAAGACAGAGCCAGUCUCGAGUUGCCCUCGUGGGGACAAAAGGCUCCUUAAACAGCAGAGACACAGGCUGUUGUCCCCACAGGCCAUGGGACACUCAGGAGGGGAACAGGGGAACCUGCCUUCCCUUCUCCCAGGCUGGCCAGCGCGGGAACCCCUGGGGACCCAGCAGCACCACGUCUGGGUCUGGGGAAGCUCCCUCCCUCUGCCCACAGAGAGCACCCAGGCCACCCUGAGCUUGGGCGGGGUGUGAAACUCCCUGACCCAUCCCCGACACCCCAGAGGUGGCUACGUCUAGGCAGCACCCUCAUGUGCCUGUCACUCACCCAAAACCGCUGCACGGACUUUCCCAUGGUCUGGGUUGGAGCCGUUCUGCGUUUGACCGGACCGUGGUCCAUGACCACGUGCACUGACCGGAGCUGCUGGAGUGGAGCGCCCCGUGAGCAUUCCCCUGUAAGGAAGAGGGUGGUAAAUUAGACAAAGGGCACAGGCUGGAGAAAGGGGCGUCUCCCAGGACACGUGGGGUGGAACCCAAGGGCAGAACACCUCACUUUCAAAAUUGUCUAGACACUGUGGGGAAGAAAAUAGAGAAAAAGAAAACCAGGCCCAGGCCCAGAGGGGGAGGAAGAGCUGUGAACAUCUGGUCAAACCUUGGUGUGGAAGUCCCGGGGCACGGGCGCCGGCCACACCUACCACAUCCUGUGCCUGUCCCUGGACUGCCGGCUCAGUCCCCAUCCGGCUGCCCAGUCCCCGUCUGGCUGCCCCGCAUCGGCCUGCAGCAUCGUGCCAUGCCACCCACACCGGUGGCCCUGCUGUGCCUCGGUGAGUCUCUGGUGGAAGGGCCCCGGGCCAGGUGUGGUGGGCACUGUCCUCAUACUGCCUGCGUUCCAGGGCUGCACCUGAGCCUGAGGACCAGCAUCCAGAGUGAGGGCCUCCCGAGACCCGUCAUCCAAGCCAGGCCCAGCUUCAUGGUUCCAAAGGGACAGUCGGUGACCCUGUGGUGCUGGGGCACCCGGGAGGCUGAGGAGUACCGGCUGCAUUUUGAGGGAGGGGUUGCUGCCCUGAAGAGACCAAGACCACCUGGACUCGUGGACAAAGUCAAGUUCUUCAUCCCCACCAUGGCCUCCAGCACAGCAGGGCAAUACCACUGCUUCUACCGCAGAGGGGAGCUCUGGUCCGAGCCCAGCAGCUCCCUGGACCUGGUGGUGACAGGAAUGUAUGACACACCCACCCUCUCUGUUCAUCCCGGACCUGAGGUGGCCCUGGGGGACAGCGUGACCUUCUUUUGCCACCUAGCGACAGCAACCAGCACUUUCUUUCUGCUCAAAGAAGGGAGGUCCAGCAGCACACAGCGUAGCCUCGGGAGCACACAGGCAGAGUUCCCUGUGGGCCCGGUGACCGUGGCCCACCAGGGGACCUACAGAUGCUUUGGCUCCUACAACAACCACGCGUGGUCCUUCCCCAGCAAUCCGGUGAUGCUCCUGGUGACAGGAGGUGCGGGGAACAGCAGUCUUGCACCCACAGACCCGGCGGAUUCCCCGGAUUCCUGUGACCCCUACCUGGUGACCACAGAGUCGGGGUCCCAGAAAGACCCCACCCGCUGGGACCACACAGCCCAGAACCUCCUCCGGAUGGGCCUGGCGUUCCUGGUGCUGGUGGCUCUGGCGUGGCUCCUGGCUGAAGACUGGCUGGGCAGGAGGAGGGCUGCAGCUGGGAAGGCCGGAGGCCGAGAACGCAGAGCUCCUGGAAGAGGGGCCGAGGGACACUGCCCACAGGUGGCACUGAAGCUGGCUCCUCGGCCUCAAGCCAUGUGAGCUCUGCCUGACCCCUAGAGGACAGGUCAUGGCGGGAAUUGGGCACCAAGGAGGUGACUGCACAGGGUUUGGCAAGGCAUCCCAGGGGAGGCAGGCAGUGGGGCGGAGACGCUGGACGCCCCCCUAGACCACCCGGAGCUCUCCGCAGGCAGAUGUUCAGGCACCUCGAGAGGACCCAGGGAAUUUUUAAAUCUGAGUUUUCUGUGGAAUAUCAGGAGAUGUCAAGUCCGGGCUGACAGACAGCCCAGCCGGAGCUCCGGCGUCACAUUACCCCCGGUGGCCACGAUGCUAUUCUCUGUACCAUGGAGAUGGGGCUGGGACCCGCUCUCUUCACUCCUAGGUCCCCAUUCUGAACCUCCGCUCCUCCAUCCCUGUUGACCAGGUGUCCUAAGGUCCAAGAAUUUCUAAAUUCUUAUCAAACUGCAGUCUCCCCACACCAACUUCAUCCCGAGCUGAGAGGGACUUGUUGGAGUGAGUUUGUGAGAAUCGGAUGUUUCAUAUCCUAAUUUACGGCAGGGAGAGACUCUUGGGAAAAUAAGGUACAAGUUUUAUGUCCCGAGGCUUACAUGUGGGCCCUGACCACCAAGGCCUGUGUCCCCUCCAGUCCCACCAAAAUCUCUCCCCAAACCUCACAGGGUGAGCCCAAUUGCCACAGUUGCGUGACGCAUUUUGAAAUCCUGAACAUAUUCUAUAUCCCAGCAGAAAAUGAAGGGUGAGGAGGAAGAGCACCAAAAACCUCUGUUGCCAAGCUAGAUAAUAUUCAAUAAAAUUAAAUUAAAAUUCAAAA